AAUGGCAUCUGUAGAAAUGCAAGAACAAAUUCCUUUAAAAUCUGCUGAACAUCCACAACCUGAAGGAGGUGCUGAAAGUGCUGCUGGUGCUCAGCAAAAUGCGACGACUGAUGGAAGUGGAAAUCCAACUAUUGAGAACAACAAAAAGGAAAAGAAGGGAGGAUGGUUUUCGUCCAAGAAGAAAACGGCAAAUGCUAAAACAACAGAAAUUGCCGCUACUGGUCAAGAAGGAGAUAAGAACGCAACUGAAGGUGGAGAAGAUGGUGGAAAUGCUACUGAUGGAGGAGCAAAUAAUGUAAAUGAGAAGAAACAAAAGACCAAAGGAACCUCUGGAAAGAAAUGCCCAUUUAGUUUUUGUCGACCACAGAGAGGGGUUGCUGGAACUGAUGGUGGAGCAAGUGAUGGAACUUUACAGCAACAACCAAGUUUUCAAGUAAAUAUGGUUCAGAGAGAUGAUCGAAAAUUGCAUGAGGGAAUUGAUUUUGGGUUUGAACAAAUCUUUGGCGAGCCGGAUGCUGUUCAUUCAAUUAAUGGUGUUUGGAGAACCACAAUAACGGUCUUUUUGGCAGUUCGUAACUUCAUUUACAAACUGUUUUCUCUCAUUUUUGCUGUUCCAUUGGCUAUUUUGUUUGGAAUUUUGUUUGCUCUUAUUUCAGUUUUGGGAGUUUAUUUCUUUGUGCCAAUUGGGCGUUUAUUGAGUAUUCCAUUUGGAUGGUUGGCAAAGGUUUGGUCUACUGUUAUUGGUGCAAUUCUUGAUCCAGUUUGCCGUUCUUGUGGCCUCUUAUUUGGCAAUGUCAAAGUUAGCCGAUAUGGUAUCAAUCAUGACCCAACGGCUGUGAUUUCAGCAUAA